UGUGAGGACUCUGUGCUGCUGCUGUCAGAGCCAGUUCUCUGACGAAGAGAUUCAGCCUCAGGGGGACCUCCGCCCUACCAAACCACUGAACCCCCCUUUGGAGAAGGAGAGAGCGCCAUUACUUGGAGCACCAAAGUCUGCAAGAAUAUCUCAUUCACCUCCUAAUGAUUCCCAGUUGAGAAGUGGCAGGAUUACUGUGAGGCAUGUCGGGGUGCCAGAUUUGGAUCAGCGCUUCAACGACUUUGCAGAAAUGUUCAACAAGCAGCAGGAACACUAUGAGCGUAUGCAGGACAAGCUGAAAACUCUAAUGUGCCACUAUCACUGUGCCCCUGACAGCAGCCUGUCCGAGUGCCUGCAGAAGAUUAAGGAUGAACAUGAUGACCACCAGAUCAACCUGCAGAUGAGAGGCUAUGACUUCAACUUGGCCAUGACACCAGACGAUCUGGUGCCUGACAAGCUGAAGCAAACGCAGGAGAACAUCAAGGAGCUGUGUCAAGCCGUCAAAGCCAUCGAGGCAGCUAGCUCCAAACUCGAGGAGCUGAUUAACUGGCUGCUAAAAUCAGAAACGAGCCUGACUCAGAGAGUGAACGAGGAAGCUAAGACACACCAGGAGUCUCAGCGACUCGGCGGCAACUUGAGGGAGAAUCUGCACGAGGCAGCAAGAGCUAAAGAGCUCAGUCCUCGCUACAGGGAAGACGCUCGAAAACUUUACAAAGAGGUAGCCCUGCUCUGUGGAAUCCAGCUAUGAAACAAAUUUCUCAGACAAUAUAUACUUUUUUUUUUUUUACCAGCGUCACUCCAAAUAUAAGUACAUCAGAACCACUUAUUUCCAAAGUACAAUAGAUUAUAAAGAAUAACUUUUAAGAAUAGAUAAAGGAUUAUAAUGACCGAACCUGGAAAAACUAAUUUGUAAGGAUAAAUCCGCUACAGGUAAAAGUGCAUUAAGUAGCUUUUAUACCGCAUCACGCUUAAGUUCCUGAAGCUGAUUGUUCAGAAGGUGUUGAUUUAUUUCCGAUAUACUGUCAGCAGCCCUUCUCUUCUGUUCUGUGACCAUUCUAUUCCCUAUGUUCUAUCUUAAUGUACACUAUCUUGUCAUAUUCUAUUCUAUUCUAUUCUAUUCUAUUCUUUAAGUCCUGGGUAUGACUUUAAACUGCAGCCGGUGGUGAGUUUCAGGUCCAGUAGGACUUGAGUAUUGGGGAAAGUGGAGUUACCCCUUAAUCACCAUUGCUCCCAGGUCCGCUCUGACCCGGAGUGGUAGCACCUGCCUGGGUUCCAGCUAUGGGUUAAAUAGUAUGUCCUCAAUAAGGUGCUGGUAGCAGGGCACUUUUCGGUGUUAUGUGGCAGAUGAACCCAACAGGGUCAAUGGCACACCACCAGAUGGCGUAUGGAAGAGCCACUCAGAUGGCCAACGAUUGGCAUCACUCGGCAAGUCAGUCAUCACUGCAGGGCAACUUCCAUACCUGCCAGGUCUGUGGCACUUUUGUGCACCACUUGGCAUCAGGUCUGGAGGUUCAGAGAGACAACACGAUGGGGGCACGACAUCGUUUGUCUUACCUCACUGUGCAAGGUGCUUUGUUAGGAGAGGAGAAUAGUAUGCGAGAGCUCACAAGGCCAGAUAUUCCGUGGCAGCUUGGCUGGGCUGUUCAUGCCGCCAAUGCAGGCGGCUCUGUCGCUCUGGUGUAGGCCUUGUGGCCCAUCUGUGUUUCUGUGCAUCCUUGUGAGAUAAUUGUCAGUGCCGACCAGCCAAAAUUAGGACACACCUACUAACUCCUUCAAUUUUUAUUAAUUAAAAGACUCUUUAUGUCUUAAAGUAAUGAUGGAUGUCAUUUCUCUUUACUUAGUUGAGCGGUUCUUGACAUAAUACGGAUUACUACAGCUGUGGAACAAGGCUAUUUACUGUAUUUAUUAUUAUUUACUGUUUGUCAUUAAAUCGCAUUAAGAAGGCAAGAAAUUGCACUAAUUACCUUUUGAUGAGACACACCUAUUAAUUGAAAAGCAUUCUAGGUGACUACCUCAUGAAGCUGGGUAAGAUAAUGCCAAUAGUGUGCAAAGCGUCAUCAAGGUAAACACUGGAUACUUUGAAGAAUCUAAAAUAUAAAACGCAUUUUUUUUGUUUAAAACACAAUUCCAUAUAUGAUCCAUAUGUUAUUUCAUAGUUUUGAUGUCUUCAUGAUUGUCCUACAAUGUAGAAAAUACAGAAAAACCUAUGAAUGAGUAGCUGUGUAUUGUGUAAGGAAGGAGGAUUUUGUGCUUUUAUGGGUGCGGUGUGGUGGUUUUUUGUUUUUUGAGAAAAGUUGUAUGUUUUGUCUUAAGUUCAAGAGAGAAUAAAAGAGAUGCUGGUGAUUUAUAAGUAAUAAAAGGAACUAACUUGCUUUGUGGGCAUUGCACAACAUGCAACUGUAAAUGAAUAAAAAGCAUGACGUGUUUAUAUUUGAAUAAAUUAAAAACUGUAGUCCUUGGCAAAUUGCUGCGGUAUAAGAGGAAUAAAACAUUUGACAGACUGUUAUAGAACAAUAAUCAACUUUAAGGUGGUAAUAUCCUGAUGCUAAGCAGGUUAGUUAUUUUCUUCUAACAGCAUAUCCUGUUGUGAUUUAUUUUUCCUUACACUAUAUGUUGUAUUCUAAACCCACCCUGCCAGAUAUUAGCAUCUGAACAACCUGCUAAGUGGUUUGAAUUUGUGUAAUGAGUGUUAUCUGAUUUACAUGUUGUUAUUCUGACAUUUGACACACAGCUGCCACCAAGAAAGAAGAAAUUUGGCUACUUAUUUAAGUAUGUUUGUGUGACCAAAUAAGGAUAUACUAUAGGAUUGUGUGUGCACCAUGAGCUGGCCUAGUGGUUGGCGUCAUAGACAUCCUAUUAUUACGUAGACGGAGCAUUGGCUGUUCUGAUGCGAGAAAUACGGUUGCCAUCUUGGAGUGGUGAGAUAAACGCGAGAUCAUAGACAUCCUAUUAUUAUUAUACUGUCUGCAAGGGGGUGUAUGGGGGAUGCAAGUGACCGAAAGGCAAUGGAGGAAUGGGUGGCCUGCUGUAAGUGUGAUAAGUGGUUUCACGAGUCAUGUUUUAAUGUUGUAUGCUAAUGUUAUAUAUAUUGUUAUUAAAUGUUUAUUCAUAUACUA